AUGUUACCAUAAAUAAAGCAAAAUAACUAGAAACCAUAGAAACCAGAAAAAGUAAAAUCUGCCUUUAAAUUGCCAAAAUUAGAGGAAUACUUCUAUAAGGCUAGAUUGUUGUAAGACUAGAAUCAAAAAGCCUUAGAGGAAAUGGUAUCCAUCAAACGCUACUUGAUGAAAUUCAAGUCCUGA